AUGUUCAACUGUCUUGACGCCUUUCCUAAUACCACCAUUCUCAAUAGCACCUAUCUCAAAAACGUCAAUGGCGUUUUGUCCUCCCUCAUCUCCUCCAACAAUAGUAACGGCUACGGGUUUUACAGUUCUGCUUACGGUGAAAACUCUGACAAAGUUUAUGCAAUCGGGCUCUGUAGAGGGGAUCUGAAGCAUGAUGCUUGCGUUACUUGCCUCAACGCCUCCAGAUACGAUCUCAUGGAGGCUUGCCCUAAUGACAGGGAGGCAAGUUUGUGGACAGAAAAAUGCAAGUUACGCUACUCGAACCACUCCAUGCACGGAACCGUGGAAUUGAUUCCAUCUUCCACGGGGUACAGCAACAAAAAUGUGUCGUCGUCGUUGUCGGUCCUGGAAGGGUUUAACCAACGGCUGAUGGCGUUGCUGGGAGUACUAAAAGUUGAAGUAGCGGCUGGCGGUGAUGUUGUUAAGUUUGCAGUGGGAAAUGCAAAUGUUUCUAUAUAUUCUAAGAAUAUAAGUACAAUAUAUGGACUUGCGCAGUGCAGUCCGGAUUUGUCAGAGCUGGGAUGUAACAAUUGCUUAGAUGAAGCUUUAGAAAAUAUCCAAAUAUAUUGUUAUGGGAGUGGUUUUGGGAGCUAUGUUAAUCCCAGCUGUGACGUAUAUUAUCAGGUUGAUUACCUCUUCUAUGACCCUGCAGCUCAGACGGUACCAGUGGCAUUGCCACCAUUAAUAUCUCCUCCUACAGCCAAUGCAAGAGGAAAGAAGAGCAACAUAUCUCAAACUCUCAUCGUUGUUUUCGUGUCGAUCCUACUUCCUUUCAUCGUUAUGCUUUGA